GCCGAUUCACACUGGAGUAGGAGAGGAGAGCGAUCAGAACAGAACGAAAAGGAAUACUCCAAAAAGAAUUCAAUAAUAAAGAAUAAAGCAGCUAGAACAAUCAACGAAAGGGAUUUAAUUAACAAAAUAGUUUGAAGAUUUUUUAUAUGAUUUCUACGAAAAUUCGAGAAUAAAGGGAAAAUGGAAGGAAUGGCUAGUGGUUAUAAGAAGAAAAUGUCAGACUCGUACGAGGACGAGGAGGAGAAGAAACACUUUCAACGGAUCGUCUCGGCGUUCAAAUAUUACAAACCCCAUUCGUUACAAAGAGUAAAGAAGACUGAGAGUUACCUUCUCUCCCUGCCCCCACAUCACCAAAAAUUAUUAACGAAAUACAGAGAACAUCUGCAGGAAGUCAAGCUGUGCAUUGAAAAUAACGACGAGAUAAUAAAACUCAUCAUAAAAGACGUAUCGCACAUAUUCGAGAAUGUCAAUCCAUCGAGUGCACAUACCGACAGUACACUCAAUCCACGACCGGUGUUGGCUGAUCAGGAGAAGGUUCAGGCUACUAUUAAACAGUUGGUGAGGGAUUGGAGCAGCGAGGGGAAAGCUGAGAGGAAUGCCUGCUAUCAGCCCAUUAUCGAUGAAAUUAUCGGACAAUUUCCCACUGAGUUUUGGAAUGCAGCUGAUGUUCAGGUACUCGUACCAGGUGCAGGUCUGGGGAGAUUGGCAUAUGAAAUAGCAAAACGUGGAUACACCUGUCAAGGGAAUGAAUUCUCCCUCUUCAUGCUGUUUGCCUCCCACUUCGUCCUGAAUAAAUGCAGAGGGAUAAAUUCAUACCAGGUGCACCCCUGGGUCCACCAGUACAUGAAUAAUCUCCUUGCUGGGCAUCAAACACAGGCUGUUUCAUUUCCAGAUGUUAAUCCCAGUGAUUUACCUGAAAACGCCCAAUUUUCCAUGACAGCUGGGGAUUUCCUAGAGGUAUACACAGAUAGCAAUCGCUGGGAUUGCGUUGCCACCUGUUUUUUCAUCGACUGUGCCAACAAUGUCGUGCAAUUUAUCGAAACAAUUCACAAGAUAUUGAAACCUGGGGGCAUUUGGAUCAAUCUGGGACCACUUCUCUACCACUUCAGUGAUAUGCCUAUGGAAGACUCGAUAGAACCCAGUUACGAAGUUGUCAGAGAAGUUAUCCUAGGCUUUGGAUUUCAAAUUGAGAAAGAACAAACUCGUGUGCAAACUCGAUACGCCCAGAAUACAAAUAGCAUGCUCCAGUGUGAGUACCAAAGUGUCUACUUCGUGUGCAGAAAGUCGAAAAAAGAUCCACCACACGAUUACAGAAAUGGCAGCGAAGUGAAUGGCACACAAGAGCCAGGAAAUUGAACGACAAUUAGAAAAGUGUUUUUUUAUUGAAUAGAAUUUAACAAAUUAUCUCAUAAAUUGGACGAUAAAUAGCACAAAUUAACUGAAUGACCAAAAAUGAGUAGAUCAUUGGAUCAGUGAGAUCUUCUAAUUUGCAGAGCUGACUAUACCGUACAUAGUAUAUCAGUAGUGCCUUUGUAUCGAUAAUUUUUUGUCCUCGUUUUGAAGGGGAAGAAUUGUUAAGUGGUGGAACGGAAUGGAACAUUUUUUUUAACGAGAGACGACAUUGAGGGUAUCACGUUUAUCUCACCACUGAACUCCUUGGGCAUUAUCGCCUGCAGUUACGAUAUUAAUUCAUAUCCGUAAUAUUACUGAAUAGAUAUAUUGUAAUGUGAACAGCAGAUUGAUAUUUUAGGUAGAGCUACAAAUUUCUCUCGUAUUUACAGUUAGUCUUGUGUAUAAUAACCAUCAGGCGAGAAACAAUACUUUCUUGUUGGCAAAUGACUUUGUGUAUGCAAUAUCUACAUUUCUAUGAAUCAUUGUACAUAAUUAUGAUCCAGCGAAUCCACUUUCGGCAUAAUUUAUUUCAACGUUGGAAUUCAUCAAAAUAAAAUGGAAUUUAUACGACUGAUGAA